AUAAAGAAAUACUUCUGACACCGUCUCCAAUCUCGCCAAACAAAGUAGACUUAUAAUUUACAUAUAUUACAAGUACCUCCGACCCGGCAACAUGACCACCGAGACACUUGCCGCCUCACAAGGCCAAAGCCUCAGCGAGUCCAACACAGUCCACUUCCCUUCCGAUCACAACCUCCCAGGCAAGUUCUUCGAACCACGCCAGAACAACGACACAACCGGCGGGCCCUCGUCGACGACAUCAUCUCCCUCUACGAGAUGGGCGCCACAAUCGCACGCCUUCAGCGCUACACGCCCGACGCCGUGUUACCACGACGAGCUGGGCUACGCAGCCGACCGCUACCAGAUCGCGGGCCAGUGGUUCGGCCUGCCCUAUAUCUUUAGCCAGGCUGAGAGCCAAGGCCACGAGGUUGUCACCAACGAUAGGGAUUUGAUUCAGUUCCGGCAUGAGAUUGAGUGGCGUCCGAAGUUGGUUCCUGUUCCUAAGGUGAUUAGGCUGCGCGCGCUGGUUUCGCUGGCGCUGGAUCCGGCGAGUGUGGAUGGUGGUUUUAUUCGGGUGAAGUAUCAUAAGGAUCAGGCUAGUGUUGAGGAUUAUAGCAAGGAAGGUGUUGCCGCGAUGUUGAAGAAGUGGCAGGCUGAGGCUACGGCGAAGGUGUUGAGCACGGUGGACUCGGACGUGAGGGUGUUUGCUGCUGACAAGGGUUCGGGUGGCGGAUAGAUGUAUCGAUGCGUGU